AGUUUUUAUGUCGGGCAGCUUGCGUUGGCGGCGCUGAGGUGCGAUUUAAAUCUUUACACACGUUUUUAACGAAAUUUUGUUCGAGCAUCCAUGUCUGUUCUCUGUGAGAAAAGUGCUUGAUCGAUAAAAUGACCAAUAUCAAAGCACAUGGCCAAAUCAACGUGGUCGCAGAAGGAUUAUUCGGUUUGAAAACAUAUUCUCGCAACAGUGAUUACGGUGGCCUGCUGAGCGAAUUCUCGGAUGUUACUAGACCACGUUUUCCUCGACAGGAAGUAAAGCAUGGCGUAAAGCACACUAUCAAGGUCGAUGGGCCUCCGUGCCAUUCUAAAUUCCGCAGACUUCCACCACACAAACUCGAAGCACUUCGGAAGGAAUUGAAGCUGUUUCUAGAGCUUGGAUACAUCCGAUCCUCGAAAAGCCCGUAUUCAAGCCCGGUGCACCUAGCUACAAAAACACUGCAGAACGAUGAUGUCAAAUUCAGGCUCGUGCAAGCAGUCGCGAAUUUCCCGAAACCAGACACGGUACAGAAACUGAGACGUUUCCUUGCCCUAGUCAAUUACUAUCGCCGCUUUCUCCCACACGCUGCUGAGGCCGAAAUUCCAUUGCGCAAGCUGAUACCCUCAAACAGGAAGAACGAUAACACACCAAUCGUGUGGACAGCUGAAGCUGAAGCAGCCUUCCAAAAGUGCAAGAGGUGUUUAGUAGAAGCUACAGAACUGGAUUACUACGAUUCAGAAGCCCAAUUGUCCCUGAGGGUCGAUGCGUCCGAUUUGGCUGCCGGAGCCGUGUUGCAGCAGCGAUCCAGAGGUGCAUGGAAGCCAUUGGGAUAUUUUUCCGUGAAGUUCAACGACCGCAAACGACGUUACUCUACUUACGAUAGAGAGCUACUUGCUGUGUCUUGCAUCUUGGCGUCAAACAUUUCAAGAACGUGAUCGAAGGCUGUAAUCCGGUGAUAUUUACCGAUCACAAACCACUCACAUUUGCAUUCAAGCAUGAUGCGAACAAACCAACACCACGACAGCAGCGAAUGUUGAGUUUCAUAAGCGAGUAUACAACAGAUCUCGUUCAAAUCGCCGGUGUGGACAAUAUCCCAGCGGACGUGCUUUCACGAGUAGAGGCUAUUUGGUUGCCAUCGACGAUUAACCAAAACGAUUUCGCCAGGAAACAGGAAUCCGACGAACAACUGCAAAAUUGGCACAAGGCCAAUCCCGAUGAAAAAACUCUGAAAUUCGCUCAGCUCGGUGUUAAGCUACUUUGUCAACAUCAAGGCGAUAAAGUGCG